AUCUCAUCUCAAGUUUGCCAAAAAAUGUGAAUAAUCUUUACCUUAAGUCAUAAGUUGUGAUGCCUCGCCAAAAAUUCAUUUGUUUACAAUUAUUACCUAAUUGACAACACUUGUGGGGAAAGGUAAAUGGAGAGUAUUUUUGGACAAGCUCAAUAGAAUAGAUGGGGAUAAUAUGUAAGAGAGUUGCCCAAGUUGGUCCUCCAGAUGAAUCAAUCAAACAAUUUGGAGAGGCUCGUCUAUACUAUAGUAAACAGGCGUCGGUGGAGGCCUAAGCAAAAAAAAAGGCCCAGCAUAUAUUUGCAGCAAAAAUGGAGGUGGACAUCGCCGACGACGUCCCCUGUUCUUCCAUUGCCGUCGAUUCCGUCAUUCGCAUGGGCACCGCUGGCUUAAUCUGGGGCUCCUGUACCGGCCCUUACGACGCCGACAAAUUAGGAAUGUUUGCUGCAAUAUUUUCUUCCACUCGUUGUGGGCUUCAGAGAUAUAGAAGGCGAAAUGAUUGGGUUAAUGUUUUGACUGCUGGUGUUGUAGCUGGGGCUGCUUUUGGUGCAGGCACCCGAAACUGGAAGCAGGUUGCUGGAGCAACAGGUCUUGUGUGUCUCUUGUGUCAUGUUGCUGAUGACUCCAGAUAAAUUUUGACUCUGAUUUGUUGAAAAGCGACUAAGAUAGUUCGCAGUAGUCCUGAAAAUUGAUGGACCCUUUGUCUCCAUCCAUACGAGUCCGUGUAAGACUAACUCUAUCAUGUUGAUUUAGUAAAGCAUGGCAUAGCAGCAUGCUUCACCGAAUGGAAAACAAAAUCUAGCUAAUUGAAGUUCAUACAUGAUUUAUGAUGUCGAUUUCAUA